UAUGACUGACUAUGGGUCAACAUUAUUAACUUGAUAAAGUCUAAAAAAUUUUAGUUUUUAUAGAAUUUUUGCUUUUUGCUGAGGAAAAAAUUUAAAAUCAAUUUACUAGUGGCCUCAUUUUCUGCACAAAGUCAAUCACAAUUAACAUUUUUUGUAAACUUAAUUUAAUAUGAUUUUUGAUUUAAAGCAUCCGCUCAGUGAAAAACGGCUACCUACUGAAUGAAAAACAGUUUUUUAAAAUAGAGUACGAGACUCAAAAAUCUCGAUGUAAUGGAACCACGAAUAAUUUUUCAAAUAGUCUUUCUUUUAUUUUGUUUUAAAGCAAAUAAAUCCGAAACAUUGAAAGACGUUAAAGACUUUUUAAAAACUUAUAACGAACAAGCAGAUAAACUUCAACACGAUGACACAGUUGCAUCUUGGAAUUACGAAAUUGAUAUGUCAACCGAAAAUAAAAAAGAAACCUCGCGUAUCAGUGGUCUGGUUUCUAAAUUUUCUCAAGAAUAUAAAGAUAAAGCUGAAAUCAUACUUAAAAAUAUCAACGGAGAUAUACCAUCUUCUUUAAUACGUCAACUUAAACUGAUAACAAGAACCUCCUCAAGUAAAGACAGCAACGAAGCAAAACUAAUUGCAGAACUUCUCUCGAAUAUGACGGCAUAUUAUAGCCGAACAGAGAUUGUUAAAAAGAUAGAUGGAGAAGAGUACCAUUUCAAACUUAACUCUCACUUACUUCCUUUGAUGUCACAAGUUGAAGUCGAAAAUCUUGGAAACAUGAGAUGGGCUUGGAGAGUUUGGCGCGAAGCAGUCGGAAUAAAAAACAAACCGUUGUAUGUCAAGUUUGUAGAGUUAGCAAAUAAAGCCGCUAGAGAAAAUGGUUUUGACGAUUUUGGUGACUAUUGGAGAAAAGAGUAUGAGGUCGAAAAUUUAGAAAAUAUGAUCGAAGAUAUUCUUAUGGAAGUGAUGCCUCUAUAUAAGAAACUUCAUGCUUUUACUAGAUACAAGCUUCACAAACACUUAGGAAACAGCUCAUUAGAAGGUAAAAAUUUAAUUCCUCAGCAUUUGCUAGGAAUGUGGGGUCAGAAUUGGGUGCAUCUUUUCAGUAUGAUGUGUCCUUUUCCAAAUAAAACUAUACCUGACGUGACUGGUGAAAUGAAAAAGCGUUCAUGGACAAAUAUCGAUUUAUUAAAACAAGCUGAAGAGUUUUUUGUUUCUAUAGGAUUAGACAAAAUGCCAGAAUCAUUCUAUAAUCGCUCAUUAAUCUCAAAGCAACAAGGAAAGAAAUCUGUUUGUCAUCCGUCGUCUUGGGAUUUAGGAAACGGCGAUGUGAGGCUAAAAAUGCCGUGUAUGGGAAUUUCACAAGGCGAUUUUAUAACAGUGCAUCAUGAAAUGGGUCAUAUAGAGUAUUAUCUUAUGUAUAAACACCAGCCGUCAGAAUUUCGCACUGGUGCAAACCCUGGAUUUCAUGAGGCUGUCGGAGAUACAAUUGCUUUAUCAGUUAUGAUUCCAGAACAUUUAGAGUCUAUUGGAUUGCUUAAAGGGAUGUCAGGUGACGAAGAAGAAGAAAUUAACUUUUUAUUAAAGCAAGCUUUACAAAAAAUCUCAUUUCUACCAUUCUCGUUUAUCAUUGACAAAUGGAGAUGGUCUGUAUUUCGAGGAGAUGUGAAACCAGACAACUACAAUACUUACUGGUGGGAACUCAGUCGGAAAUACCAAGGAAUGAAAGUUCCAAUCGUAAGAGCAAAUGAUUCUCAACUUUUUGAUGCUGGCACAUUCUUUCAUGUUGCACACAAUACAGAAUACUUGAGGUAUUUUAUUAGCAAUGUCCUCCAGUUUCAGUUUCAUGAAGCGCUAUGCGACGAGUCUGGACAUAAGGGAGCCUAUCACAAAUGUUCCAUUCAUAAAUCCAAAGCAGCUGGUAGAAAACUAAGAAACAUGCUCGAGUUGGGUAAAGAAAAACCAUGGCCAGAAGCUUUGGAGGUUUUAGCUGGAACUCGUCAUCUUUCUUCAAAAGCUAUACUUGAUUACUUUAAACCAUUAGAAAAUUGGCUUGAUCAGCAUAGAGAGGCAAACGGAUAUGAUCUAGGAUGGGACGAUUCUGAUAUAGACAUGCAAAAAAUGUCAUAAAUUAUUCAAAAUAACGUAUCCAUAGAUUUCCAAUUAUAAUUUGCUUCUGCAAUGCUUCUGACUUGAACUGAUGACUUAUUAGGUUAUGACUCCUUAAAGUUGAGAAAACUGGAUCUUGAAUUGAAAACUGAAGCUUUAAUUGAUAAAUUAAAUUUUUUUCCAUGCAGAUUAUAAUUAAGUGUUUUCAAAUUGUUAGUUAGAAAGUAUUUAUUAAAAUUAUAUUUUUCGAAAUUUUUUUA